CGUACAUUUAAACUCUUUCACGCGGUCAUAUGCUGGAAAAUUAGCGUCGAAGACAUCUUCUUGUUGAUAAACUUCCAGAAGAAUAUUUAGUCUCAACUUGGGCAUCAGAUCAGCAACAACUUCCGAUGUCAAAAUGCGGCGUAAAUUAAAACUUUUAAAUAGUUUUCAUAUAAAAAACUUAGUGUAUUGUAUAGUAAUUAGUGUUUUAAUCAAUUUAAAUGUAAAAACUUGUGAUGCGGUGUAUAAUGUCAUCGAUGUUGAUGAUAUCCUCUCGGCGGAGUUUAUGCCAGGCAGUUUGCUCAUGCUUGAAAAUCCUGAAGAAAGUGUCAAAAUAUUGACAAAUUCAAGUCAUGAUUAUCAUCUUAACCCGGAAAGUAGAGGUGAUAAUACUACUCUUAGUAAACAUGCCAGUGUCGGAACUGACGGUGGUAUUAUGGAUGCCUUAAAUACCAUGGUAUUUCAUAGAGGAAAAAUGAAUGAAUAUUUGUGUCGGAAUUUUAUUGCUGAACAAAUCAUUGAGGAUAUGACUGUAACACGUAUUAAAAAACGUCUUGGAGGAACGGACAAAAACUAUCCAAAUACUACAAUUAAUCCUAACCAUAAAGGAUUUUCAUUAAGGGACAAUAUGAUUGAAGAUGAAGGUUCAAGUCAAUAUAAAAGUUGGCUAACAAAGAGUACUACUCUAGAAGAUAUUUAUAAACACUAUCAAGACGUUGAACGUCGCGAGGAUGAGGAAGAAGAAGAAGAGGAUGAAGACAAAGAAGAAGAAGAACAGUAUGAUCCGCAUAUUGCUGGUUAUGCUUAUGCACCUCAAGCUCAGCAUCCGAUUGCCACGCAUCAGAUACCCAUUGGACCAGCGAAAUUGGGCCAUAGCGGACACAGUGCACCCGGAAUUAGCUAUCCGUCUAGCGUCGGUUACGGUUAUGGUGCUCCGCCGUCGGGCGGUCACGCUCCAGCUCAAUAUGGUCACAGUUCCUACGCGGGUCACAGUGCUGUGCACUCCAUUCCGAGCAGUCAUGGUUAUGGCCAUAGCGGUCCACCGCUUACACAUCAUGGAUUUGAUGAUCAUGUCACAGUGCAUCAUACUGAGAUUCAUCACGAUUCACCUAAGUAUUCGGGAGGACACGACAGUGGAGGAAAGGAUUUGAGCGAAUUGUUUGAGAUUGCUCUCACUGCUUUGGCGUAUUUGUCGUUUGGAAUGUUUAUCGUACACGUAGUUAUGUGUAUAUCGCAUGGGAAAGAGAAAAAAGAUUCCAUGACAAUUAUUGUGCAGGCAUCAUCAACUACUGCGGCAUCAACGGGCCGUUCAAUCCGAAGACGUCGCCGACGCCGUCGUCGUCGCCGUAGGAAGCGUCUAGUAGAACCACGCGAUAUGCCAUCUCUUAUGAACCCCAACAUGGAUGGUCUCAACGAGUUGGCACGACAUGUUCUUACCUCUAUCGAAGCGGCAUUAGUAGCACAUCAAGACGACGGAGCAUGCUUACGAAAAGUUCUUUGUGAAAAUAACAGAUACUCCAGGAGCUUGGAUAAUAGUAAUAAGAUGUGGAUUCCUGUUUGGAGUCUUGGUAUGAGCUGGCUGUCGGGCAAGUUAACAAAGGAUGUUCCACAAGCGACAUCUAUGCUGGACAUGCUAAAAGCUUCAGUCCUAGGAUUGGGAAAAGCCAACUGCGAGAUUAUUUUCCAGGACUGUGAUCUAAAAGCGCAGCGAAACAAACGUAGGAGGCGUCGCAGGAAAAAGUAGAUUCCAGCAGCGUAUCGAUCCAUUAUAUUCAUGUAAAAUUAGUUUAAAGACUGGCACACAGGUGGCGGAAGUCUCUGAAGAAGAUUCUCUUUGUGUGGGUGACUUGAUGGAGCAAAUACAUUACGUAAUGAACCCCUGUAAUUCCUAGCGCUUCAGAAAAGUAUGAUUAUUCCCAAAAAAAUCUGCUGCUUAUUUUUGUUUAAGAUAAUACCAAUUAAUAAUUUUAAGUUGAUCAUAAGAAUUAAAGAACAUUGUGAAAAGAAA